AUGCGUCUAUCUCAAGUCCUCCUGGUGAUUGCGGCCGCUAUGCUCGCUGCUAGCGAUGCUCUAUCGGACUCUGAUGUGGCUUCUAUCUCCAAGGGGGCUUUGCCCAGUGGCCCAAGCCAGCGGCUGCUGAGGACCCACCACGCCUACGACACUACCGCUGAUACAGAAGAACGAGCUGCCCCUCUCGAGAGAAUCAAUUCGCUGGCUAAAAAAUUUGAUAUUGACCUUAAGAGAGCCAAGGAGCCUGGAUAUAUGGCGUCCAUAAAUGCGGACGUACUAGAAAGAUACCAGGCUGCACUCAGCAAGUUACACAAGAAGUUCAAGACGAAAAAGGCACCGCUGUACAGUGAAGAUCACUUCUAA